GGGGGCAUGAGGAGCUAUUGGGCGGGAAAGGAGGGAGCCAGGGAGGGGGAAGAGGGGCAGCAAGCAAGAGAAGAAGGGCGGGGACAGCACAUUUCCCCCCGUUUCGCUCCCCCGCUUCAGCCAGGCCUCUUCCUGCCCCUUCCCUCUCCCUCCAUCCCUGUCUCUUAAUUUCCUCCCUCCCUCCCUCUCCCCGCCCUGCCUGACCGGGCGGAGCGCGCCCUCGCUGCCCCUCCCCUUCCCCGGUCGGUCCCGCCCCCUGCUGCCCGGAGAGGCCGCUCCGCUGCCGCCGCCGGGAGCGCCCCACGGAGCCGUCUCACGGAGUUGGAGCUGCUCGUCUCCCGGCCCGGCCCUCCCGCCGCCCCGGGACUGGGGGACCUGCCCCAGCCGACCCGGCAGGAGGCGGAGGGGCUCGGCGGCCCCUGAGAUUUCAGUGGGUUUUUACCGAAAACCAGCGUACACAAGAACUGCUGUAUGCCAAAGAGGGACUUGACCAGUUUUUGUUUGAAGUUUCUGCCAAGGUAGAAGUGUCUUGACAACCAAGCAAGAAGGUGGAUUAUUUUUAAAACAAUGCUUAGGCAUCUGUAGAGAUGAUUUGUGGUUCAGUCCAGCUGGAGCUGACUGAAUGAAGCUAUGGGCUGUGCAUCAGCCAAGCAUGUUUCUACUGUUCAAAAUGAAGAGGAAGCUCAGAAGGGGAAGAACUACCAGAAUGGAGAUGUAUUUGGUGAUGAGUAUAGGAUCAAACCAGUGGAAGAGGUCAAAUACAUGAAAAAUGAGGGAGAAGAUGAUCAGAAAAUAGCUGCCCGGAACCAGGAAAACUUGGAAAAAAGUGCCAGUUCAAAUGUAAGACUUAAAUCUAACAAAGAGGUCCCAGGAUUAGUACAUCAACCCAGAGCAAACAUGCACAUCUCUGAAAGCCAACAGGAAUUCUUCAGAAUGCUAGAUGAGAAAAUUGAAAAGGGUCGUGAUUAUUGUUCAGAAGAGGAGGAUAUCACAUAGUGCCAAUUCUGCCAAUCAAAACAGGAAUACUACUGUGUAAAUAGAUUACAACCCGGUCAAAAUCUUUUGGAAGUCUUCUAGAGUGAGCAGCACUACAUAGCAAAAGAAGAUCAUUUCCACAUUGUAUGCUCCAUUCAGUUACAGCGUUUCUUAAAAAAAAAAACAGACAAGGAAUAUUGCUAAGAACUCAUAUGGAACUGUGUUUGUUGCUGCUAGUUAAAACUUGUUGCAACUUUUCACUUUUCUGUGUCCAGGUAUGCAGGAAAUCUUUACAUUUAAUCUGAAAGACGCUGUUGAUUUUACUAAGGUUGCUGGCCUAUUUUCUAUCGGAUGAGGUAGUGUUAUACAAAACUUCCAUAACUGAACAGUCAAUCUUCUAAGAAAUCCUCGAGCUGUUUGUCAGUCCACAGAUGGGCUGGAGUGCUUAGUAUUACUGGUGAUUUCAGCCUUUGGAGAUGGGAUGUGUUUGCCAUAACAGGCCUUGUUUCUCUACUGGGAAGAAGUUGAGAAAUUAUUGUCCGUUAAAAGCAUGUUAUCACACAAAUACUGGAAGUGAUGCAGGAGCAGAAAUUUGUAUUUUAAAGGGAAAAAAUUUCAUUUAAUAGGUAUCUUAAUCAAGGACUAAGCUUACCGUAUUGGCUUUUCUGAACGCGAAUGGAAGUGUGAUCACAAUCAUUUGAAUCCCUUUUUUCUAAGAAAAUAAACAUUUACUGUUUUUAUGUA